AUGAGCUCAACAGAUACACCUGGUUCCAGGCGACGAUCAUGGUGGCAAAGGACUUCAGCUGCAUUUAAACGACCGUCUCAUAAAAAGACGACUGACGAUAAGCCGACAACGGAGCCUUCUCAAACACCGGAUAUUCAAUUGGUUACAGAAGCUCACGAAGUAGAAUCGGCUGGCAAUUCUUUCAAAGGUCACGAUGUAGCUUCAUCAUUACGGGUACAGCAUGUGAAAUCGGAAGUAUCGAGCAAUACAUCUGAGGUAGAAUCGAGUGAAUCAAUUCGCAGUAAACCAUGGAUUUCCAAAAAAUUAGCGCUUGAGCAAGGCGUGUUUAAUGAUGAAAAUGAUCCCUCCAAACCUGCUUCACAAGACGGUCCGUCUAUAUCUCAACAAAAUUCAGACGCACACCAAGAUCGACAUCCAAGCGUUGCAGAAGAAUUCAAGGCGAACAUUGAGCGAUUAGCUGGACAAAAUGAGGAUAAUCGGAUGCAAGUGGAUCAAAACGCAAACAAUUAA